AAGGGUUUGAUGCCAGCAGCAUGGACAAGGCUGAGAAGAGGAGUGCAGAGGACGGGUUGGUGGAGUAUCGGAGGUCGUUCAUCGAGUUUGCCCUUGCGCAAGGUGUGUUGCGGUUCGGUGACUUCACGGCCAAGUCGGGUCGGCAGACGCCUUAUUUCUUCGACGCUGGUCGGUUCAACACGGGUCAUGCGCUGACGUGCCUGGGGCGUGCGUACGCCGAGACGAUAGUUGCCUCGGGCGUCGAGUACGAUGUGCUGUUCGGCCCCGCCUACAAGGGCAUCCCGCUGGUGUGCAGUGCGGCCAUGGCGCUACACACACACCACAGCCGACCCUCGCCCUACGCCUUCAACCGGAAGGAGGCCAAGGACCACGGUGAGGGCGGCAUGAUUGUGGGGACCCCCCUGCAGCGCGGUAUGCGGGUACUCAUCGUCGACGACGUCAUGACGGCCGGGACGGCGGUGCGCGAGUCGAUGGACAUCAUCAAGCGGGCGGGCUGCCACCUGGCAGGUGUGGUCAUUGCCCUCGACAGACAGGAGAGGGGCAAGGCGGAGGCGGAGGGAGAGGCCGAAAGGGGCGGGGCGGCACCACAGUCGGCCGUGCAGGAGGUGGCGGGACAGUAUGGUGUGCCCGUCUUGAGCAUCAUCACCCUGCAGCACCUCAUUACAUACCUGGACGAGUCCGUGUCGCGCAAGGACGAGGGCUACGAGGACCUCGACAAGACACUCAACCGCAUCAGGCAAUACCUCGACAAAUACGGCGUCGUGUAACCAACGCAGGCAGGCAGGCAGGCGAUCGAAUCAAUGAAAAUGGACGCCAUUGACUGGGGAUGGGAUGGGCGAUUGGUUAUGAGGGGGUCCUGUCCGCCGCUUCUAUCUACCACAGUACAUACCUCAAUCAGGUGUCCGCCAGAACAGAGAGAGAGCUUGUGUCUGUCCGGUGUGCGUGUUGGUGGUUGGCACAUAGGUAGGCAGGUAGGUAGGUAGGUAGGUAGAUGUCAGUCGGAUCCACUAACAUAUUUGUAGCUGCGACUCCAUCUUCCCAUUGCAAUGACUGCCCGUGUGUACGACACUAUCGCGAAUAUUCAUGUGAGUGAGCCAUGUGAGUGAGCAUGGACGUCACGUCAUGCCCAAUUAAGUCGUGGUCUGUCC